CAUCCAGCUGAACUGAUUUUUAACAAGUUUGACCGAAACUCGUCGAUGGCAUCUAAAAUGAAAGACAGGAAGAGAACUCCGAUCUCUCACAAAGUCAUAGAGAAACGAAGACGGGACCGCAUUAAUCGCUGCCUUAACGAGUUAGGAAAAACAGUACCAAUGGCACUGGCAAAACAGAACUCUGGAAAACUGGAGAAGGCUGAGAUCUUGGAAAUGACAGUUCAGUACUUGCGAGCGCUGCACUCCGCGGAUUUCCCCCGUGGGAGAGAAAAGGGUGAACUUCUGGCUGAGUUUGCAAACUACUUCCACUACGGAUACCACGAGUGUAUGAAGAACCUGGUGCACUACUUGACCACAGAGGACAGAGCUGAAACCAAAGACAUCAAGUACGCACGGAUCCUCGCCUUCUUACAGUCCAAGUCCCGUGUGGUUACCGAGCCUGUGUUCGGCUCCGUCGGCUCGAUGCCAGAACCGUCUGACUACCUCAGCCAGCUGCACUCCUCUCCGGAGCACCAAAGCCACAGUCCCUCUGACUCCGUGUAUCAGCAGAGUCCGCCGGGACACUUCUCCUGGCACAGCUCGGCACGCAGCCCGGGCAUCUCGUACCCAACAGUGCCUCUCUCUGCUCACACGCAGCAGCACGGUGGAUACUUGUCACCGGUGCAGGGACUCGAUCACCACUAUUUCAACUUCAUCGGUCACACACACGCAAACACAUUUAGUUUGCACAGUGCGCAACACGCCAUGUAA